GCUUGCUAGCAAUUGCUAGCUAGGUGUUUGCAGUUGCAUGUCAGGAUCUAAGGAAGUAAUUUUUUUGCUAAGAAAACUGCUUAACAGAUUGGGCUCUUAGUUGGCUGUUUAGGGCUCUUUGUGUCUCUCACGUUUUACUGCAUAAAAUAUAGCUCCACUGCGGUUGAUAACGAUCAACAUUCUCUAAUUAGCCACCAAAGCCAACAGAACGUCAAGACAGCACUACUGCUAUGAUAGUGCAGGUAAUCUCUUGCUGAUGGUACAAUGUGAGACAUGAGCAGGAUGAAGCCCACACGCAACCUGAUGUUGGUGCUCUGUCCCAUGCUGGUCCUGGGAUUCCUAUAUUAUUCGUCUGGGAGGCUGCACUUGCACCUGCGUGUUUGGGGCCAGAAAUCACAGACAGAAAUGGAUAAUGUAUUCGCCGUGGGACGAGUAGUAGCUUCAGUGUAUGAUAAACAGGGAUUCUUACUGAAGCUUGAUGGCAAACUGCCUCUGGACCUUAUGUACAAGUACGGCAAUCUCAGCAAGGGAGCUUGCAAGCAAGGUUUUGCUGCCGCCAAAAUGACUGCCAUUUAUCCAAAGUUUACAAAACCCGCUCCCAUGUUUCUGGAUCCAAAUUUUAAACGCCUGACAAAAAUCAGCAGUUAUUUACCUCCUUUCGGAAUAAAAACGCAAGAAAGGAUCAUAGAUGUUAUUUUAUCAGAAACUCAGAACUACGGGCUGGGCUCGGAGCUGGACAGUUUGAGUUGUACAAAAUGCAUCAUCAUUGGAAAUGGUGGAAUCCUCUCCAACAAGUCGUUGGGCUCUGUGAUAGACGAGUACGAUGUCGUCAUCAGGCUGAAUGAGGCCCCAGUGAGUGGCUAUGAAAAAGACGUCGGUUACAAGACCACCAUGCGCAUCACCUAUCCCGAGGGAGCCAUCCAGAAACCGGAGCACUAUGAGAAGGACUCCAUCUUCGUCUUUUCUGCCUUCAAGCCCCUGGACUUUAAGUGGCUUCGACACAUGGUCUUCAGGGAGAGGCUGAGGGCUACAGAGGGCUUCUGGAAGUCCGUAGCCCGUUCUGUGCCUCGAGAACCCAACGAGAUGCGCAUCCUCAACCCCUACUUCAUCCAGGAGGCAGCCUUCCAGUUCAUUGGCCUCCCACUCAACAAUGGUGUCAUGGGACGAGGGAACAUUCCUACCCUGGGGACCGUUGCCAUAACGAUGGCCCUCCAUAAUUGCGAUGAGGUAUCCGUGGCCGGAUUCGGCUACGACAUGAACACCCCCCACGCGCCGCUCCACUACUACGAAAAAGUCAAGAUGUCAGCCAUCAAAGAGUCGUGGACACACAACAUAGCCAAGGAGAAGGAGUUCCUGCAGAAGCUGGUGAAGGCGGGGGUCAUACAGGACUUGACCAAUGGUAUCUGAGACAGAACACAACCCCACCCCACCCCAUCCUUCCACCCCUCCAACCACCUCCACCUACCACCACCCAACCCAACCUGACCCUGCCCAGUCUCUUUGUUGACCUGAGGGACAAGAAGCCCCAGAGGGGACAGCGGAGUGCAGUGCCCCCAACUCCACCCACCCCCUCACCGUCCCUCACCCAGGCUCCUCUCAGUACUGUUUACCCCCCCACCCCCAGCCCUGCUGGGACUUAACCUGCCCCACCCCUCAGUGGCAGCAGCCCUAUCUGUAUUUGAGUGGGUGACGUUUGGGUGUGGGGGGGGUUUGGAGAGCAGCUAGGAACCAAAGGCCCACUGCCGCGCACAGCCAGUCGAGAGACGGUGGAAACAGGCCGGUCUGUGCCAAACAUACCUCCGGAGGAAGCGCUUCUCCUCCCAUGUGCUUGAAUGUAUUCACAACACAAACAUCAAAGAGAUACUGGAGGUUUUUUUUUUUUUCUUGUAUGUAUUUUUUUUUUUCCUUUUUUUUUAUUGUUACAUUACCCUCUGCCUCAGUUUCAGGCGUAGAGGAAAGGACCGUCACCGUCCGGAAAACUCACACACUCAUGGAGAAAA